GGAGACUCGGGUGACUAUGAAUUGCUGAAACAUCAACUGGCUGACCCUGACAUAAAGGAUGCUCAGAUCAUCAACUGGCUACAAGAGUUUCGGAGCUGUGUGACCCAGCUAACAAAGGACCAUGAACAGCUCAUCUAUAUGGUCCUGAGGCUUCCGUGGGUGGGCCGGAGCCAGGCCGUGGUGGAGGAGUACAUGGCCUUCCUAGGCAACCUGGUCUCAGCACAGACCGUGUACCUGUGUGCCUGCCUCAAGAUGGUGGUCUCCCACUUCACUCCCAAGAGAGUGACCAUCUGUGAAGGAGGAGUCGAUAUCUCAGAUUCAGAUGAUGAAGAUGAGGAUCUUCCUAGAAGCUUCAAUCAGUGUCACCAGGCGUUGCAGCUCAUCACCAGAUACGUUCCAUCCACAAGUCGCUUUCUGGUGCCCAUUCUGCAAGAGAACUUCCCCUUCGUGCAGAAAUCCUCCAGAACGCUGGAGUGUUACGUCCACAACCUCCUCAGAGUGACCACGUACAUACCAUCAAUUCGACGAGACGUACUGGAGGUGAUCAUCGGAAUGAUGCUCAAACUGGAUGUGAGUGCAUCCCGGGCAGACAUUGAGGAGGCAGAAGAGAAUGCAGUGCAGAACCGGGAUCCGACUGAGGAAGGACUCUUCGACAUGGAUGAGGAUAUGUCAGCAGAUCACCCCUCCACGACGGCUGUGAUGGCCCACCCGGUGGCUGAGAGGCUGGACACCCUCAUGGCUGUUCUGAUGGCAUAUGUGAAGGACGUCUGUCAUGUAAAUGGCUCUCUCCACGUGGAAAGGACUAAGGAUCUGUACAAAGAUUUGUUGAGUGUGUUUGACAAGCUCAUUCUGCCAACACAUGCGUCCUGCCAUGUCCAGUACACGCUCUUUUACCUCUGCAGCUUCAGACUGGCCUUGGCCGAGGCCUUCCUGGAUCACCUGUGGAAGAUCCUGCAGAGCCCCUCUCAGCCUGCUGUCCUCCGGCAGGCUGCUGCCGGAUACCUGGGAAGCUUCCUGGCACGGGCCAAAUUCAUCCCCGUGCUCACAGUCCGGGCCUGUCUAGACCUGCUGCUCUCCUGGAUCCAUCGCUACAUCGACAGCCAGGACAGCAGUGGCAGACAGGCCUACUGUGACAUCAGCCUGCACGGGCCCUUCUACACCGCCUGCCAGGCUGUCUUCUACACACUCAUCUUCAGACACAGAGCCAUGCUGGAGGGCAACAUGAAGAAAGGUUUGGAGUACCUGCAGAGUCUGAACCUGGAGCGGGUUGUGAUGUGUCAGCUGAACCCCCUCAAAGUCUGCCUGCCCUCAGUCACCAACAUGUUUGCUGCCAUCACCAGGGCUCAAGGGAGGAUGAGGAUGACUUCCUGUGCGGGGAGACGCCCCAGGUGGAGGGCAUUGUGGGGAUGACACCCAGCUCUUACGACUCCAACCUCCGCAGCCCGAGCAGUGUGGGUUCGCCCCCAAUCUCCUUCCAGAGACCCUUCUAGUCCCGCAUCACAGCCUCUCCUGCUCGGAUGGACCGCCCUGCUUCUGACACAAAGUCCAGAAGCUUGUGAGGAGCACACACUUCCCUUUGGAACGGAGAGAGCUGCCACACAUGGACAGGAAUCUGGUGGCGCAUGUUACAUUCAUCAGGAUUCAAACACAAACUGAAGGACACACAAGAUGUGACUGAUCUCUUCUCGUACAACAAUACCCACCUGUGUUCAUUCAUUUUAAGGGAUUUAUAGGACUACUUUUUCAUGUUUAAUCCAUAACAAUGUGCUGUUAGUGUAGGAACUCCACUGAGAGCCCCAAACUGCUGAUAGUCAGACACUAGUACAUCUUCUGAUGAGAUAAGUUUGAACUCUACAUAGACUGCUGCAAACUGAGCUUUAAAAGGUGGUAUAUUGUGAGCAGUAAAAUAUAGUUUAAGUAUGUUUUUGUAUGUAUUUAUGAAACUCAUCCUUCUAAAAUCCAGUACAGACUACCCAAAUUCACACACACCCUCUGCAAUGAACUUUGAGUCUUUACCUCACACUGUCCCUGAUUCCAAAACAUGUUUGAUUUUCUCGCUUGUAGUCUUAGCACCUUGGAGACAAGUUCUGUACCAAAACAAAACUGCAAUAAACACAUUGAAUCCAGUCA